AUGUUUACCCAAGAUCCUGGUGGCUGCGCCUCCGUUGAUUUACAGAAUAUUCAAACUCUUAUUUAUGUGGAUACUACGGCUACACUUGGAUGUAGUGUUGGAAAUUAUAGUUGUUUCUGCGCAGAUGAUAGUGGGACCUCAACACAAAGUUCCAUCAUAUCAAGUUCGAGCAGCUGUAUACAAGACGCAUGUAGUCUGAUUGAUGCUAACACUACUUUGAAAGUUGUUGGCCAGAUUUGCGUCCUCAUAAAUGCCCCCACAUCCUCCACUUCCAGCUCUUUUUCAACAAUAUCAAGCGCUUCGAGCUCUUCCGCUACGUCAUCACAGAGUGGUACAACAACAGCUGUUUCAAUGAUGACCUCUAUCUCAGUGACCGCGACGCCUACGUUAACAUCGACUGCACCAUAUAGUACCUCGACGUCUUCCAGUAGCUUGUCGAGGAAAGGCAUUAGUGAUGUAGCAAAGGCUAUGAUUAUCUUGGCCGUUGUGGCCUUCUUACUAAUACUUGCUAUCGGUGCAAGAUUAUUAUGGAAACGAAGAGCAAGUCAGCGAAGCUCUUUGAAAAUGGGCAAGUUCAGAAACCUCGACGAAGAGAAUGGGAUGGCGAAGACGCCAGUGGAGCUUCAGGGAGACGAUACCCAAAUCUUCAAGUGGGGAGGAAUUGGCGUUCGGAAAUCGUUUCGAGUUCAGACUCAGCGGAUCACUUCAUUGAUGUCGCCGACAUCCCCAAAGAACAGGAGGCGUAGCGAAUUCUGGGGAGAGCCUCGAGGUCUUCUUUCCACGAUAGAAGAAACUUCUUCACGAGGAUUAGCGCAAAGUCCCGAGCUGCCGGGUAGAAUAGAUACAAGUCCUAUUCGAUGGCCUUCGACAUCCACUGCCAACUCCCCCACAAGUCCCGAGAUGACCGAACCUCAAGGUGCUCUCUUUCCCCCGAGCCACUUUCGCAGCAACGCCCAAACAUCACCACCCACACUACCAGCGCUAAAUUUGCCUUCCAUAAUCCUCUCAACAACAUCUAGACCUAACACACCUGAUCAACCUUUACCCAAGACACCGUCCCCACCAGAAGUCCCCGUGAAAACUAUCGCCCGACUCGAUCGCCCUUUCUCAGAUUUCCCCCACGCGAUGCCACCCUCUCCACGAACCAUUGGAAUAUCUUACGGCGCCCUCGCCCGCUCACUCUCAGUCAGCGAGAACCACUCUCCACCCCGCACCUUCCGCACUCGAUCCCGCUCCCGCUCCCGCCCCUCCAUCUCCUCCAUAUCCAACGUAAUCCGCACACCCACCCACGACUUCACCUACCCUCUGCAAUCGCCAUCCGCGCAAUCAUUCCACACCUUCGGCGCCCGAAAUUCCACCUACUCCCAAGCCUCCGUUUCCACCUUCCAAACAUUCCCCAUCUCUCCUCAGGACAUAACAGAAGUACCGCCUCUCCCCACCAUGCCCUCGAUCUAUCCCAUGCCCACAGAUACAUCUGCCUCCCACAACCGACCCAAAACCUCCGAAUCUAUUGCCAACCAAAAUGGGCGCUAUUACCACAGCAAACAAACCUCCGUCUCCAAAAUCAAGCCCAAAAUGAUAUACAUAUCCACGACCCCGGGCAUAAGCAUCAUGCCCUCCGACUCCAUCUUCAGCACCCCCUCACCCAUUCUCCGCGACGCACCCUCCUCCACCACCAACCCCUUCAUCACCCCCACACCACCACACAUCCCCUCAACUCCAAAUCCAAAUCCAAACACUCCCGCCAUAUCCAUCAAACCCGUAAUCGACCGUUUCGACACCAUCAGUUCCUGCGGAUCUCAAAGCAGCAGCGGAAAACCCAAAUUAAAACCACCUGCGAUAGAACAGAUGUUUCAGGAGGGACAGGAGAAAGAGCGUUUUCGGGAGCGACAGGAUGAGAGGAGGAUGAAGAGAAAGGAUAGGUUGUUGCAUGGACAGGGGAGUGGGGAUUUGGGGGAGAGGGUUACGAGUUGGUAUGAUGCUACUGGGUAG